ACAGAGAAUAAACAAAGUCAAAGUUCAGCUGAGCGGUCUUAUAAACAAAGGGUAUUUCUCUGUCCAGUCUGCUCUGCUCUCUGAGGUGGAUACUGCAAACUGCCAGCUGCACUCAGAAGCAGUUCAUCAUGAUGCGUGCAGCCCAGGUUUUCUGGAUCUUAUCAGCGGUGGUCUACGUGGGUACUGGUCACCCCCACAAAAGGCAAGCCGAGCAAGACACUGCUGUGGACGGGAGCGACAACAGCGUCUCACUGGUGACCUCAGCAAACAAGGAGUUUGCGUUCCGUUUCUACAGGAAAUUAGCAGCUCAAUCUGACUCCCAGGGCAAAAACGUCUUUUAUUCCCCGUCCAGUGUGUCUGUCGCCUUGGCUGCUUUGUCUGUAGGUGCACGGGGGGAGACCCACCGGCAGCUUUUCAGUGGUCUAGGUUUCAGCAGUCCACAGGUGACUCAAGCCCAUGUAGACCAGGCCUUCCGCAUGAUCCUCGCAAACAAGACUUCUCAUGAGGACAUCAAAGAAGGCACCGCUGUGUUUGUGCAGAACCUCUUCAAGCCCCAGCCUGAGUUCCUGGAUGUCUUGAAGGAGUCUUAUUUGGCAGAUGGUUUCACUGUUGACUUCACCCAAAGUGCAGAUAGUGCCAAUACUAUCAAUAAGUAUGUUGCAGAUAAGACCAACGGGAAGAUAGACAAGCUGGUCGACAGCCUGGAUCCAAGCACUAUCAUGUAUCUCCUCAGCUACAUCUACUACAAAGGAACGUGGGCAACACCAUUUAAUCCUAAAUUGACCAGGGAUGACAUGUUCAAUGUAGAAGAGACCAACCAGGUUCCAGUCAAGAUGAUGAAUAUGGAAGAUGAUUUUGAUACCUACUAUGACCAGGCCAUUAACACGUCGGUCCUCCACCUCCCCUUCAAUACCUCCUAUUCCAUGCUGCUCAUGUUGCCUGAUGACAUGGCAACGCUCGAGGACGCCAUCAGCCCAGCCCAUGUCACUAAAUGGCUGAACUCGAUGAAGUCCAGGAAACAUAAAAUAUAUGUUCCAAAGUUUUCCAUCAAGACUUCCUACAAGCUGAACAACGUGUUGACUGAAAUGGGAAUGACAGAUAUGUUUGGUCCUCAAGCAGACCUGAGUGGCAUUUCAGAGGGACGAAAAGUGGCUGUUUCUGAUGUUGUGCACCAGGCUACCUUGGAUGUUGAUGAGGCCGGAGCCACUGCUGCAGCUGCUACAGGCAUUGGUAUCAGACUACUAUCUAUCCGCCACGUUCCAGUCUUGAAGUUCGAUCGUCCUUUUAUGGUGAUCAUCACUGAGCGCAACACAGAAAACAUGCUCUUCAUGGGCAAGAUUGUGAACCCCAAUAUCUGAUUGAGGAAAUACUUUGUGUUUGCGCACUGCUAUUGCAACAGACAGUACAUGCAAAUAAAAAGCUUUACUGUG